AUGGUGCUGCUCAUCGCCCAGUCCACGGCCCUGUCCAUCAUGCUGCGCCUCUCCCGGGUCAAGAGCGGCACGCCGUACCUGGCCUCUGUCUCCGUGGUGCUGACGGAGGGGCUGAAGCUGGCGCUGUGCACGGGGGCGGUGCUGGCCUCCGCGCACAGCAGGCGGCAGCACCUCGGGACGGCGCUGGCCUCCACCCUCCGCAACGGGCUCCCCAUGGCCGUGCCGGCUUGCUGUUUCGUUAUGCAACAGCUGCUGCUGGUGUACGCCGCCUCGCGGCUGGACGCCGUGUCCUUCCAGGUCUUCAACCAGAGCUUCAAGCUAGUGCCCACCGCAGCCCUGGCCUGGCUGCUGCUGGGCCAGCGCCUGCGUCCCGCACAGUGGGCCUCCAUCCCCGCCCUGGCCGCGGGUGUGGUGCUGGUCACGCUGACCCGGGGCGCAGCCGAUGCGACCCCGGCGGAGCGCCCCCCCGGCGCGGCGCGCGCCGAGUGGGUGGCGGGGAGCCUGGCCUGCGCCGCCUCGGGGCUCAGCUCCGCCUACGCGGGCGUGCACUUUGAGAAGCACCUCAAGGGCGGGCGCGGCGCGGCGCUGACGUGGCCAAGCUACUGGUUCCUGCUGGGUGUCGGCCUCAUCCUGCUGUCUGUCUCCCUCUACUCUGGCGUGCUGGACACCCUCAGCCAGGGGACCAUGCUGGCCACCCUUGCACAGAUCACCCCAGGGGUGUGGGUGGGAGGCGCUGGCAGCAUCAAGGACAUCGAUGCCCUGGGCAUCUCCCAUGUGGUGACCGCUCUGAACGGUGCACAAGAUGACCUGGGCCUGGUCCCCAGCCGCUGCCUGUGGCUGGACUUGGAGGAUUCCCCCACAGCAAAUCUGUUGGUCCUCCUCCCCGACGCCACCGCCUUCAUCCAGGGGGCGGUGCAGGGGGGCGGGAGUGUGCUCGUGCGCUGCGCCCAAGGCGUCUCUCGCAGUGCCGCGAUCGCGGUGGCCCACCUGAUGGCCAGCGCCGGCCUGGACGACGCGGCGGCGCUGGAGGCCGUGCGACACGCGCACCCGGCCGCGCAGCCCAACCCCGGCUUCCUGGAGCAGCUGGCGCUGUUCGGCCUCAUGGGCUGCCGGCUCGACCCCGGCAACGCGGGAUUCAGGGAGUUCCGGGCCUACCAGGCCGCGCUGGCCUUCGCCGAGACCGGGGCGCUGGACUGCGCGGGCCUGGCCGACGUCGAUUCGGGCGCCUCACUGGGCGCGGGCGGCGGCGCUACGGCCGAGCCCUCGCUCUGGGUGGAGCCGCUGGCGUGGAUGGAGCCUGCGCUGCGGGACGGCGCGACGCAGGGCAAGCUGUACUGCCCGCGCUGUGGCAGCCGCUUGGGCACCUACAACUGGGCAGGGAUGCAGAGCGCCUCGGGGCGGUGGGUGGUCCCCGCUUUCCAGCUGCACCGCUCCAGGAUCGACACUGAGGCGCCCCUGGCCCGGGAGCGGGCGGCGCCCAUCGCCCGCGCCGUCCCGCGCCUGCUGGCCCGGAGGCAGCCUGUGGUGGGCGGGGCCAGACAAGAAGGGAACGAGGCCGCUGAUGCCGGCGGAGGUGCUGGGGUGAACACAGGCGACGGCGGGGAUGCCGGCCCUGGCGCUGCCACGGAUGCAAUUCCUGGCCCGGCGCAGGCAUCGGCUGGUGCCAGCGGCGAUGGUGAGAGCACCGGCGCGGCCGACACGGCCGCUGCGCUGGAAGGCGGGCUGGGGACCGGGGUCAGGCCCACACCAGCCGGCGGGGCGACGGCGGCAAUCGGCCCGCCCGCAUCUCUGCCGUCCUUUCCUGCCUUCACGCAUCUGAUCCUGGACUGCGACGGGGUCAUGGUGGACUCGGAGCGGCCCAGCUGCGAGUCCCUCCGGCUGGCGGUGAAGCAGGUGACGGGGAUCGACGUGCCCCACUCGUUUCCAGAGGACUACUUCCCCGUCUUUGGCAUGGACCUGCGCACCUGCCUGGAGUACUACCACGCCACCUACCCGGCCAUUGGGAACCAGGGAGUCUCCGUGGACGAUUGGUACCCGGCCCUCAGCGUGGCCAAGGAGGACCUUUUUAACUCCCUCACCGCCGGCGGCAUCGCCGCCUUCCCCGGGAUCAAGGAGCUGAUCGCCGCCGCGCGGGGGGCGGGCUUGGGCGUGGCCAUCGCCUCGUCGGGCAGCCCGGGCAAGAUCGCGCGGAAUCUCCAGUCCUCCGGCCUGGCCGGCCUGGUGCCGGAGGAGCUGACGGUGAGCGCGGCCUACGUGGCGAGGGGCAAGCCGGCCCCAGACGUCUACCUGGAGGCGCUGCGUCGCCUGGGCUGCGCCGACGCCAGCCGGGCCCUGGUGAUCGAGGACGCAGUGAACGGGUGCCGGGCGGCCAGGGCCGCAGGCUGCUUUGUCGUGGGGGUGACUAAUACCCUGCCCCGCGCCAUGAUGGCGCCGGCGGCCGAUCUGGUGGUGGACCAUGUGUCUGAGCUGGAGGGGGUGCUUGUGCCAGCAAAGAGGGCCUGA